CGGCGCGGCCCGGCCUGCGCGGGAGAGAUGGCCGGGCCCAGCGACGGCGGGGGGCCCGCGAGGGCCCGGCGGGCGGCCGGCAGGGAGUGAUGGCGCCUCGUCGUUGCCCCGGCAGGAGAAUGGCGGCAGGGAGAGCGCAGAGCGUCUGCAUGGUGUCGGACUUCUUCUACCCCAACAUGGGUGGUGUGGAGAGCCACAUCUACCAGCUGUCGCAGUGCCUCAUCGAGCGCGGCCACAAGGUGUUGGUGGUCACCCACGCCUACGGCAGCCGUAAGGGCGUCCGCUAUCUGACCAACGGGCUGAAGGUGUACUACCUGCCCCUCAGGGUGAUGUACAACCAGUCCACCGCCACCACGCUCUUCCAUAGCCUGCCUCUGCUCAGGUACAUCUUCGUGCGGGAGCGCGUCACCAUCGUCCACGCCCACAGCUCCUUCUCGGCCAUGGCGCACGACGCGCUCUUCCACGCCAAGACCAUGGGGCUGCGCACGGUGUUCACGGACCACUCGCUCUUUGGCUUUGCGGACGUCAGCUCGGUGCUCACCAACAAACUUCUGACCGUGUCCCUGUGCGAUACGAACCACAUCAUCUGCGUCUCCUACACCAGUAAGGAGAACACGGUGCUGCGAGCGGCGUUGGACCCGCGCAUCGUCUCCGUCAUCCCCAAUGCGGUGGAUCCCACUGACUUCACUCCAGACCCGUCUAGGAGGGAUGACAGCACCGUAACGAUCGUGGUGGUCAGCAGGCUUGUUUACAGAAAAGGUAUAGAUUUGCUCAGUGGUAUAAUUCCUGAGCUCUGCCAGAAGUAUCCAGAGUUACAUUUCCUAGUUGGAGGAGAAGGACCAAAACGAAUUGUACUUGAAGAAGUCCGGGAAAGGUACCAGCUACAUGACAGGGUACGUCUCCUAGGAGCCCUGGAGCACCAGGAUGUUAGAGAUGUUCUAGUCCAGGGUCACAUUUUUCUCAACACUUCCCUCACUGAAGCCUUUUGUAUGGCAAUUGUGGAAGCAGCAAGCUGUGGUUUACAGGUUGUGAGUACAAGAGUUGGCGGGAUUCCUGAGGUGCUUCCAGAAAAUCUCAUUAUUUUAUGUGAACCUUCCGUGAAGUCUUUGUGUGAUGGACUAGAAAAGGCAAUUGCCCAGCUCAGAUCAGGAAACCUACCAUCUGCAGAAAACAUUCAUAAUAAAGUAAAGACAUUUUAUACAUGGAGGAAUGUAGCAGAGAGAACUGAAAAAGUGUAUGAGAGGGUUGCAGAUGAAGUGGUUUUACCAAUGGAUGAGAGACUUGACAGACUAAUAUCUCACUGUGGCCCAGUGACUGGGUAUAUUUUUGCUCUUCUAGCUGUUCUGAACUUCCUUUUCUUGUUGUUUCUGAGGUGGAUGACUCCAGAUUCCAUUAUUGAUGUUGCAAUAGAUGCCACAGGUCCUAAUGGUGCAUGGACUAAACAGUAUUUUUUUGGGAAAAGAGAAAGAGUUAAAGAAGAGCCUCCAUGCUCCGACAGUGCUCAGAUGGAAAGAAAAAAUACACCAGUGUCUAAAGGUUUUAAAGCUUACUGAUAGCGAUGUUACUUCUUAAGUUCUUCAGUUUUUUUCUGGAGUUCUUUGGAAGAAACUUGGUUAAAAUGUGCUACCUCAAUUUAGGAUCGUUUUUUAAUUUAGUUUUGAGUUCUUGCAAGUAUGUGAACAUCACUUUUGCACUUAAAGCUGAGGGAGAACAUGGAUUUUUAUGUGUCAAGAGCCUUUGAGACAAAAAUAUAUUUUUUUUUCUUUAGAAAUUGAAUAUUACAAUGAGUGUAAGCUUUUGUGGCAUUUCAAAAAGCAAAACACAGAAAUUAUUAGUCUGUAGUAAUCUCCAUAAAUUCCUUAUAAUUACUGUGAUUUUUGAGACCUAUCUAAACAAAACAUACCUUUUCUUUCCUAAGAUGAAAAUGGCACUUGAAAUUCCUCAUAAACUCAUUAUUACUCUGGAAUUUCUUAUUACUUUGAAUUCAUUAUUACCAUGGAAAUUUCAGAGACUUAGUUCUAGCAGCUGUGUCCCAGUGACAGUGUUUUGCCUGCGUGGCCUUAUAAUUUUGAAGUUCUUUCAUCAAUUGUCCUGUUGUUAAAUCAAAACUCCAUAAUGAGUUUUUGAUAUUUUCAGAAUUGCUGAAUUUGUCCUCUUAACUUAAGUAUGUGAAAGUGAGGUAAAGUUCAACCCCCCCCCCCUUUUUUUUUUUUCUUAAAGUACAUAGGUGGCUUUUUAUAAAAUACAAAGGUGAAGGAAUGAUGUUGUUUAGAGAUUAGCAUAAUAUAGUAUAGCCUUCAGAACCAGCUUAGGCCUGAAAACACCUCCAGCAGACUAUGCCAAAGCAUAAAUUAAUGUCUGUGUGUGUGUGUGUGUGUGUGUCUGUGUGAAUGAGAGAGGGAGAAAUCUGUGAGAGCUUAACAAGCCUUAACAAGCACCAUCCUUCUUUUUUUUUUUUUUUUUUUCCCCCCCCCCCCCCCCCCCCUUUGUUCUUCUGCUUUUUAUGUAAAUGGCAUUGCAGUCCAUCUCUGGGAGGGACAGUGUUAGUGUGUGUGAUUUCAUGGAGACCACACGGCAGGCACUGUCAGACAGGUUCUGCAAGUUAAAUCUAGAGAAGGCAUCUCUUCAAUGGGAGUAACCAACAGACAAGCUUUUCUUGCAAAAAAAAAAAAAAUAAUUGUUCCUUGCACCUGUUAGCUGUAAGUAAGUUUUAACUGGCACAGCAGAACGUGCAGAUGUGAGAGGAGGCAAACCUCUCAUUGAUGUCAGACAACCAUCAAGCUACCCCCUGCCUAACGCACCGGCCUCAUUUCUUUUUCAACUGAAAAAAUGAUUUUUUGACCCUCAGUAUUACGUAGUGUUGGACACUGUAUUAGUUUUAAAAUUGUGCAAUACGAAAAUACUGUUUUUAAACCCUUGAAGGGUAGUAUUCGAAACACAGCUUUUGUCAGUGUCAUCUCGUUUCUGUAGUGAUAACAUACCCUUAACUGACAUUUGAUAAUUUCAUUGACCAUAUUUUAACAAAACAUGGAAAGGUUAUGUGAAAUACGUGCUAUAUACAAAGCAUUUUUUAAUAGAAUUUUUAGCUUUUGAUACGUAAUGUAAAAUAUGCAUUGUCUUACAACUUGAAUCUUUCAAACUCUACAUUAACAGAGUUUGGCUAAAAUGGUGCCACACAUUAGGGAUAAAUGGGUGGAGAUAAGGUAAUGUUUUACUUAUAAAAGUUACUUUUUUUUUUUUAUAACAACAUUCUAGUUUAUAGCAACUUUUUAAAAAUACUGAUUAUCAUUCCAGGAAGAUGUUAUCUUAUUUUUUUAAUAUUUUAUUGAUUCUGGUUUAUUUCUUUUAGUUUUCCACAACAGCUACAAAAGCAGAUGUAAUUUUCAAUAGGAUUAUGAGAAUCUAUUCAAAAUAAUUAUUUUUUUCUUCCGUGGAACAUUGUGUACUUACAAAUAAUAUAAUAAAACAGUUCAUCUAAAUUUUCAUCAAUUUCUUUCAUCAAAAAAAAUUUCAUCAAUUUCUUUCAAUAAAGAAUGGGUAUUUUUCAUUAGUAUGUGGAGACAUACAAUUAGAAAGUACAGAAAUAUACUGCUGCUUUCCAUCACUGGUGGAUGGACUUACAAUGAUGACUAAAAAACAUUUUGCACAAGCAAAAAUAUUUAAGCCAUAACUGGAUUUACUACGCAUAUGCUGUUUCCCAAUUGCAUGCAACUCUUUGGAGGACUGAUUCACUUACCUAUCUUGUGCAGUAGAGCAAGGGAUGAUGUCACUCAACCAUUUACGCUUUUAAAAAGCAGCAGUGAGUGAAAGGGAAAACUUUAAACAAAGUAAUCACAAUAAUAAGAAAUUGAACAGCGAUAGUUAUUUUAUUCAUUUCUAAACACAUAUUCCUAAAAUACAAUUUAAUGAAACUAUAAUGUUUUGAUUGUGGUUGUGGGUAACAUUUGAGCAUUGUGAAAUACUAAGAAGAUGUUACCAAAUAGGGAGUGAUACUGACUAACAUCUUGCAUAGAGCGAAGCCUCCUGUGUGGAGGAGGAGGGAACACCCCAAACCCUUCUAUGUAGAAGCUUAAUUGCCCCCUUCGUAGAAGGGACUACAUAGUGUGCCCAGAAGCGUUUUAAACUGCUUUGUUUUAGUGAUGAAAACUUUGCAUUGGCCCGUAUUAAAAUUCUAUCCCACAGAUACAAGGAGAAAUUGUGUUUCCAAUACAUUAUAUGCAGGCACUGUGAAGUAUAGACUGCAUGUUGAUAGUUGAAAAUUGUAUGUUAAACCAGAGCAAGUAUCAAGUGAAGUGUGAAUGUAAGAUUUGCCUUUUGGACUGUGUUUUAGAGGAUAUGGAUAGAUCUGUAAGAAGAUAGCUGCACUGUAAUGAACUUAUUUUUUGUGAUCGAGCUUUUCUGCAUCUUUAACAAAUAAACUUAUUUUCUCUCCUUUUGAUA